CGAGCGAAGGCGAGCGCGGGACGACUCCGGAGGCGCCAAGCCGACGGCCGCCGCUUUGUCUCCCGCCCGUCCGGCUCCCAGGAGGAAAUGGGCCGCCCGGCGCCCCCGCCCCCGGCCCGCCCCUCGCCGCGCCCGCCCUUCCCGGCACCUCCCUCGGCGCGCUCUUCCCGGCGCCUCCCGCGGCCUCCACCCCGGCGCGUCCCGGCCUGCCGCGGCCGGCGCUCUCCCCGGGAGAGCCUCCCGCCCCGAAGGGGGUGCCUGGCCGCUCCACGCCGGGACCCCCAGGAGUCCUCUCCGUGUGGCCUCCCGGCGCGCCGUCCGGACCCCCGACGGGAAGGAGGGGCGGCGACUCCGGGAAGAGCCCGCGGGCGGGGAGGGCGGGCGAAGGAGGGCAGAUUCCUUCCUGUUGCCUGGGGAUCAAGAUGUAGAACUCUCAGCUCCUUCUCCAGCACCAUGUCUGCCCGAAUGCUGCCAUGCUUCACACCAUGAUGAUAAUGGACUGAACCUCUGAACUACAGCCUUAAGUAAGGAAGAAAGGCAGACCCUGAAGGCAUGCAACCAUGAUGGAAUCCUGGACUGAGUAAACAGACGAAAAGGAAAAUACACCAGCAUUCACCAGUCUCUGCGUCCUGAAUGCAGACAUGGAGUAACUUGCCAGCCUCAUGACCCUGCCGCCAAGCCUUUCCCGCCGCCGCGAUGGACUGGAUUCCCUGAAGUCAGCUGCCAAAACAAGCCUUCCCUUCCCUAGGUUGACUUUGUCAUGUAUGGUCACCAUGGCAGCAAGGAAAUUCACUCGUGCUCCCUCCUGACGUCUCCCGCUACACAGCAGCCACAGCCGCCCUAUGAAGAUGAGAGUCACGGUGUCUCUUCCAGCAGUAACCCUGCACUAGCACCUUGCUCACUCAGAGAAUGGACAUUCUUCGGACAUUCUCUUGCCCCCUUUCACCUCUCCCUCACAUUCACCUCUCCCUCCAGCUCAUUCAGCGCCAGCCAGCUGGCCUCCUCCAUCCACACACUCCCACAAUGCCACGCUACCCUUCCCCCUCAGCAUUCCUCGGCUGGGAGCACUGCCCCGUCCUGUGGCUCACUCCUCUUUUCCAGGUCCUGACUUCCUGGUCACCUUCUCAUCAAGGUCUUCUUCCCUGAUACCCUUUUUAAAGCCACGGACGCCUCCGCCCCACACACUCCCAUCCUCUUUCCCUGUGUUAUUACCCUCCGCUGCUCUUACUGCCUCUAACUUACUGCAUAUUUUACUCAUCUGUCUUGUUUAUUGCCUGUCUCUCCCCCAACAAAGUAAAGCUGUGGGAGAGCGGGGAGUGUGUCGGUUUUGUUCAUGGCUGCAUCCUUAGUCUCUUGAAGAAUGAUUGACAAAUUAAACGCUUCAAAGUA